AUGAGGGAAGCAAUAAGUUCUCAUGAAAGAUUGUCUGCAACUAUGAGAUUUUCAGCUACAGGUCGCUCGUACGAAUGUAUGAAGUUUUCUACGUUGAUAUCAAAACAGGCUCUAAGUAAAAUCAUACCUGAAACGAAUAAACUUGCCAACGAACUGAAUGACUGGUUUCCUUCUGAUCCGAUCAUUGCAGAUCGUUGGACAGAAAAAAUCAGACGCAAUCGAAAUGAUAGCAGUUGGAAGCCCACUAAAAAUACAAAAAUUUGUUCUUUACAUAUUGAGGAUGAAGUAAAGUAUAUUACUAAAGGUGGCCUAUGUAGAUUACGCAAGGGUGCAGUUCCAACUAAGGAUCUACCCGUUUUUAGCACGGAAGAGAAGAGUGAUGAUUUAAGUCAAGAGCAAAAUCAACCUCAGCCGGAAGCCUCAGGUUGUGAGAUGGACAAAAAUGUUAAUCUAAGCGCUUCAAUGACACCUUUAUCUUCAGAACUAGAUUCUAUUUUCGAUUCACCUAAAAAGGCUUCACUACGGAGACAACUAAGAAAAAAGAUCUUGUUGCAACAAAAACACAUAACAAAGAAAAAUAUGAUGCAAUCACAUUUCGAUGGCUCAUAA